AUGAGUGCAUUUCGAAUAUUUAUACCUGUUGCUAUCUCGCCACAUACAUCUUUUACUUUCCUUGUUCUAUCUCGUUUUUUUUCCUGUUUCUUUUUUAAUUUAUCUUUCUUUCUUUUUCUCUCUUUGUUCUGUUUCCUUUUUCCUUUUCUGUAUUUUUUCGCUUUUUUUUCUAUUUCCUUUCUUUCUUUUUACUGUUUCUUUUUUCACUUUUUCUUUCUUUUUUUCUAUUUCCUUUCUUUCUUUUUACUGUUUCUUUUUUCACUUUUUCUUUCUUUUUUUUCCUUUUUUUUUUUACUUUUUUUUUCUGUUUCUUUUUUUCACUUUUUCUUUCUUUUCUUUUUCCUUUUUUUUUUUUUUCUUUUUUUUUACUGUUUCUUUUUCUUUUUUUUCUUUCUUUUUUUUUUCUUUUUCCUUUUUUCUUUCUUUUUUACUGUUUUCUUUUUUUUUCACUUUUUUUUUCUUUUUUUUAUUUCCUUUCUUUUUUUUACUUUUUCUUUUUUUUCUACUUUUUUUUUUUCUUUCUUUUUUCUAUUUCCUUUCUUUCUUUUUACUGUUUCUUUUUUCACUUUUUCUUUCUUUUUUCUAUUUCCUUUCUUUCUUUUUACUGUUUCUUUUUUCACUUUUUCUUUCUUUUUUCUAUUUCCUUUCUUUCUUUUUACUGUUUCUUUUUUCACUUUUUCUUUCUUUUUUUUCUUUCUUUUCCAUUUCCUUUCUUUCUUUUUUUUUGUGUUUCUUUUUUUCACUUUUUUUUUUUUUUUUCUUUUUCUAUUUCCUUUUCUUUCUUUUUUCUAUUUCCUUUCUUUCUUUUUACUGUUUCUUUUCCUAUUUCUUUUCUAUUUAAUCUAUCUCCUUUCUUUUCACUUACUCUUCCUCUUUUUCCUAUUCCAUUUUAUUCCUAUUUCUCACUUCUUUCUUCUUUUUCUUUCUUUCUUUUCCGUCUUUCUCUAUCCCCUUUCUUAUCCCCUCUUUACCUCCUCUUCUUUUUUCUUAUUCCUUUGUUUAUUUUUUAUUUUAUUUUCGAUCUUUCCUAUACACUGUUCUUUCUUUCUUACGUCUUUUAUUUUUAUAAAUUUUCUGUUCGUAUUACUUUUCUUCUAUAUUUUAUAUAUUUUUUUCUUUUCUUUAUUUCCUUCUUUCUCGUCUUUCUUCUUUUCAAUUUCCUUUCUUUCUUUUUCAUUAUAA